AUGUUCAAUUCAUUUCAGGGUCGACACAAAACUCAGUGUCUGCAAGGGACUCAAGCCGAUCCAUUGAAGCAAGUUCAGACUUGGUGUGAGAAUUCAGGAUCGAAGCAAAUCUACUGGCUUGCUGGUAUGCCAGGAACUGAAAAAUCCACAAUCGCCAGAACGUUGGCAUCAGCCUGUCACGAUGGGAAUCCAUUAGUGGAUGGAAGGUUUCUGCCUGAAAACAUCGUCUUAGAUGCUUGCUUUUUCUUUGACAAAACUCAAGGUUACCGAAGGACGACCGGGAGCUUUUUCACAACGCUCUGUAGAGGCCUUACAGACUGUCUACCUGCGAUGAAGCCUGCGGUCUGUGAAACUAUCUCCAAUAACCCAAACAUUGGGAAUCAGUCUAUCAGCACUCAAUGGCAAGAUUCAAUUCUCAGUCCCCUUGCGGAAGUGGACAAGCAGAGCCUCGUCCCAUUAACUUUGAUUUUGGUAAUCGAUGCCUUGGACGAAUGUGAGGACGAGAAUGACAUCGACACCAUUAUUCAGCUCCUCGGUCAACCUCAAACUUUCAACACCAUUUCACUGAAGCUGUUUAUUACCAGCAGGCCGGAAAAUUUCAUCCAGUCAAGCUUUAACAGGAUUUCGGAGACGAUGUUCGAGAGAUUCUUGUUGGGAAAAAUCGACCAUUCCGAUGAUGGUUUUGAUGACGACAUCAUAAAGCUGCUCAAGCACGAGUUAGCCAUCAUUGCAAAUAAAAGAGAGCUUCCAGAUGACUGGCCUGGCAAGAAGGAAAUUGAAACACUGACUAGCAAGUCCGGUGGUCUGUUCAUCUAUGCAGCAUCCGUGUGUCGUUUCCUGGGUGGCUCUAAAUUGAAAAACUAUCAACUAGAGAUACGGUUGAAGAGCAUAUUCAGUGAUCGACUUGGGACAGAUUCGCCACAAAGUAGCUUGGAUGAGGUUUAUACCCAUAUUCUCAAAUUCUCAGUUAUCGUUGAUGCAAUCGAUGAGGAGAUGGGAGAACUUUUUAGCCGAUUCCAGACUGUCGUUGGAGCUAUAAUCAACUUAGCUGAGCCCCUCUCAAUUGCCAAUGUUGCUCAGUUGAUCUCUUUGAAGAGCCUUGAUGUAAAAGACACGCUUCAGGGACUACAAUCAGUGGUCUCCUUUGGCAAGAAUGAGAGCUCUCCUAUUCAGCUACUUCACUUGUCAUUCCGUGACUUUUUACUCGAUGACACGAGAUGUCUGGUCAAAGGAUUCCUGAUCUCACAAUCCCAAGCACACACCUCGCUCUUGCAAAAAUGUCUUGAUGUCUUAUCGGAAACAUUAAGGCGAGAUAUUUGUGGUCUUUCAGAUCAAUCUAGUUGCGCUAAGGAUGUCGAACCCGCUCGGAUUGACAGAGACAUUCCAAGGCAUGUCCAUUACGCCUGCCUUCACUGGGUUUAUCACCUUCAACAAGCUGCUAUAGAGCCUUUGGAUGAUGGAAAUGUGCAUGAAUUUCUGAAAGUUCAUCUUCUUCAUUGGCUUGAAGCGCUGAGUCUCAUGGGGAAAAUGUCAGAGGGCAUGCGACGGGUGAUAGAUUUUUCGAGCUAUAUUCAAGGUCUCUCUGUGGGUUUGUUCUCUUCCAUGACCGUCUCGCUAUGA